AUGAAUGAUUAUCGAAAAGUCCUCAAUGUCGUCGGAUGGACUCUUGUCACGAUCUCAACGCUCUUCGUGGUGGCGCGAUCAUAUACACGCACACGCGUCGUGACAGCAGACCUGGGCUGGGACGACUGGUGCAUGGUUACUGGUCUGACAUUUGCUUUGGUCUGCACGUCACUCGUCACGGCCGGCACUGCGCAUGGCCUCGGGCAACAUGUAUGGAACAUUGAUGAUCCAGAAGACCAAGCUGCAGCUACAAUCGCAUUCUUCACAAAAACAUCCAUCAUCAUCGCAUUGAUGAGGAUUCGAGGACACACAGCAAGUGUAUCGCAAAAGUGUAUCGCAUACGUGCCACUAGUGAUCCUUCUGAUAGGCUCCAUUCUGUCAUGCUCAGUUAUGAUAUUCUUUUGCUCGCCUGUGCAAAAGUCAUGGAGACCUCAGAUGGAAGGCACCUGUCUGCAACCGGCUAUAUUAGAUUUUGUCGGAAAGUCGGUUUCAGUGUACAAUGCCAUAAUGGACGUGUUCUGCGCUAUCAUGCCGUACUUCAUCAUUCGAAGUCUGAACAUCCCGUGGAAGGACAAGAGAAAUCUAGUUAUCUUGAUGGGAGGUAGUAUUCUUGGAACAUUUGCUACCGUUAUGAAGAUCGUAGCGAUGGGCAGCAUUUCAAAUGUUGCAGACAUGACCUAUUCAUGGUCAGAGAUUACAAUCUGGUAUCUGACUGAGAACAACGUACUCAUCAUCGCGGGAUCAUUUCCUGCACUACGGCCAUUCUGGCGAAUUGUCGUCGGCAAGUACAUCUCAUACGCGUCGUCGGACGCAUCACGAAAGGCAUAUCGGCCGUCCGAAACCAAAAGGGCAGGGGAUAGAGAGCUGCAGGUGUAUACUGUGGGGUCCAAGCCUAAGCCAACAAGGGCCCCGAAUCCCUACUCCACAACGACCCGACUUAGUAGUGAGGAGAGUUUAUGUCCGCGGGACAAUCUAACUUCUGGGGAGAUAAUUGAAGAUGUCACGCGCAAUCACGGGGACAAUCGGUUCGAACCCCUUGCCAACAUUGCCAGCACGCGGAACAGGGCUUUUACCUCUUCGCACGAUCACCCGAAAAUGAGUUUAGCACGGCGACAAGCAUGUAUCUUCAACAUGGCGCCGCUCUUCGCCAAUCCAAACACCACGCAGUCAGCACACCAUCAGAUUCCACGCCUGGAUGACCAAGUUGCUAUCGACGAAGCGCGAGAGGAAAGUCAUAGAGCACGCAUACAGUGCACAUACCUAGGGCUGCGCUUUACGUGUUCUACCGUGCGUGUGACACCCACAUACUUUUCUGCCCAUCUCUCUCAGUCGCACGUAACUAGUCUAUGGCCCAAGCGCAUCAUCCUUGUGUAUUUCAAGCGACCGCUGGCAGCAAAGGGAGGAUACAGUGGGUUCAAUGCGUACUGUAGCUUGUUGAUGCUGCGAGGCCAGAAAAUGCAACGGCAGUGGCUGGUUGAGGCAGGCUUUGCCGAGACGAAGUACUGCCAUGAUGGCUCUACUCAGCGCGCCGCUAGCAGAUUGAGCGACAUCAAAGCUUCAGUCAAGUACGUUUGGCAUCGCGGCCUCCGUCGGCGGACUCCCACCUUGGAUGAGCAACCGCGGAAAGCGCCUGCUAGCCGUGAGGACGGAGAAGAGGUUGCUGAAAAGCUGGGGGUUUGA